AUUGUGUUGAAAAUGAAGCUCAAUUCGCUGCUGCUGCUGGCAACCUGCGCCCUCCUCGUGGACGUCUCCCAGGCUGGGGUUACAUACGAGCAAAUGCGAUCUGCUAGCAAGCUAAUACGCGACGUCUGCCUGCCCAAGUACCCGAAGGUCACUGAGGAAGUGGCCGAUGCCAUUCAGGUGGGGAAUAUACCCUAUAGCAAGGACAGCAACUGCUACAUCAAUUGCAUUCUGGAGAUGAUGCAGUCGAUCAAGAAGGGCAAGUUCCAGCUGGAUGCCACCAUCAAGCAAAUGGAGAUAAUGCUGCCGGACAGCUACAAGGAAGAUUACCGCCGGGGCAUCCAACUGUGCAAGGACUCCACCGUGGGCCUGAAGAAUGCGCCCAAUUGCGAUCCCGCCCACGCGCUGCUCUCCUGCCUGAAGAGCAACAUCAAGGAUUUCGUCUUCCCCUAAAAGAGAGAGACGAUGCCCAGACCCAGGCCAUGGCCAUUGAUUCCAUUGAUUGUCAUGGUCAUAUGGUCAGAGCCCCGCUCCCUCUUCCGGGCGAGCUCAAUCAAUAAAGGUUUGCCCCGCGCGGGCCCAGCUAA